CAGGUGCUUAACACUGAUACACCACCAACACCGUCUCUUGCUGUAUGAGGGCCAUGAAAGCCGCACUUCUCAUCGUGUCUCAUUUGUUGUAUCAGGUAAUUUGCAUUAACACAUCAACAUCUCCAGACUGCAUUUCACACAUGGAUGCUUGUGUUUCUCCAAGCUUCUGCAGAAAUGAACAGGUUGUCUUCAGGAAUAUCUGUGAUUUUAAAGAUGGAAGCUGUCGAAUGACUGAUGCAAAGGUCUGUAACAGCAAUCUGCAGAUGAUGUUGACCCGGGCACCUUUGUUGGGAGAGUGCCUGUGUUCUGGGCUGGAUCCAUGCAGCACUCUACAACAGCUGUACUCUCAAUGCAAGCAUCAUUUGGCACAAAAAAGAACUGAACUUAAGCAAGAAUGGCAAACCAAUGGUCAUUCACGAUAUGUACGCCACACGAAUAGAUCCUGUCUUGAGGAGAUAAUAGCGUGUAUUGAAGAUGAAGAUUGUAACAGACAGAUGGUGCCAUUUGUCCAGGCCUGCAGUACUCAAUGUGACCCCAGUGAAUGCAGGCAGGCAAUAGGUAAGUUCUACUCUAAUCUUCCUCAUGAUGUGGCAGAAUCACUGGUGUUCUGUGACUGUGAAAGAGAAGACCCGGAAUGCCAGCAAAUGAAGACCUCAAUACACUUUGGAUCAUGCAUUAGUGAUGAGAUGCAGACACCAAUGACCUGCCUGGAGGAGCUGGACAGCUGCGCUGGAGAUACACUGUGCAGGCAGACGUUUAACAGGUACCUGUCAGAAUGUUUUGGUGCAGUGGAAGCUCCAUACGGUGAGCAUUCGACCAGUGAAUGGCUACAGCAUCUAGACCCAGACUUUUUUCUUGGGGAAGAACAUGAAUGCAGGGUGGCGUUUGUGGCCACAAUGGGUUCAAUACUUCACAAUCCAUGUACUUGUGAUGGACUGCGUCAUCAUCACCAACAUAAGUGCAAUGAGCUCCAACACAUGUUCCAAAACAAGUCAGUUUUCAAGUUUUCAGGGACUCAAAAAACUUUCAAAGAAAAAACAUCUGAUAAAUCAAGCAUUGAGCAACAACCAACCAAUCAAUCAAGCAUUGAACAGCAACCAACCAAUACAUCAAGCAUUGAGCAGCAGUGGUUAAGUGAUCAGUUUUUGUACUUAUUGAUAUACAUCUCAUUGUUGAUGGUGGUGGUAUUGUUCGCAAUCAGCCUCGCUAUUCACAGACUGAGGAGAAUACACCAAGCUGCUGGUAAAGCAAGUUUUGAGGCCAACCAGACUAAGUCUCUGAUGUUGUCUCCUGAUAAUAUUUGAGUAGUUUUAUUGGAUGUUUUACAUAGGGAAUAUGAUAUUUCAGAUUUAUUUGUAUUGUUUUUGCACAUUUAUGUUUUAGCUUCACAGUGAAUUCUUGAUAGAUUAUCAUAUUAAUAUUUACAAGUUGAUUUCUGUGAAGCUACACAGAAGGGUUGAUUGCAAGAUGGGAUUGUUCUGCCCUGACAGAUUACAUAUAUUGCCCCUUCUGCAUUGUUAUCAAAUAUAAAUGUUAUGCUUUUAAAAUCAUUCUGAAAAAGCAUUCACAGCAGGCUACAAUAGUAGUCUAUUUUUACAUUUACCAUAGCCCUCGUGGCAAGGUGACACCAGCCAAAUAGGAAAGUAGUUGUUUUAGAAGCGAAGCAAGUUUUGAUGAAAGAUUUUGAUGACAAACCUUUUUUUUCUCUCUUUGGAAUAACAUGCACUGAUGAAUCAUGUUCAAUAAGACUGGAAUGUGUAUUUUGAGAGUAAAUAG